ACCCUGUGAAGAUACGCUGCGUUGUUAACUUUGAACGUUUAUUUAAAAUCUUUUUAAACUAAAUUAAUUGUAGACUACGAUCUCAUAUUUAUAUUUCAAAAUGGAAAUCUCAUUCAAAGGAAAAAGAAUUCUUGUAACCGGUGCCGGACAAGGCAUUGGUAGAGGUAUAGCGAUCGAAUUAUGGCGGUCUGGUGCUAACAUAGUGGCUUUAUCUCGUACCCGGAGGCACCUUGAGAGUCUGCAAAGCGAAUAUCCUUCAAUAGAUAUUGUGGACAUUGACAUCGCGGACUGGGAGAAGACGAGACAAGUGGUUGAAUCACUUGGACAUUUUGACGCUCUUGUCAACAACGCGGCGAUCGCUGUUUGUGAACCCUUCUUGGAUUGCUCGCCUUCAGAUUAUGACAAAACCUUCAAUGUCAAUGUAAAAGCCGUCCUAAACAUAAGCCAAGUUGUAGCCAGAAAAAUGAUUGAGAAUAAAACUCAUGGCGCCAUAGUUAAUAUUUCCUCACAGGCAUCAAAGGCAGCUUUGAAGGAUCACGCAAUCUAUAGCGCAUCGAAAGCCGCAUUAGAUGGACUGACGCGAGCCAUGGCAUUGGAACUUGGACCUUAUGGAAUACGGGUGAAUGCUGUAAAUCCAACAGUGAUAAUGACUGAAAUGGCAAAAGUCGGCUGGUCUGACCCUGCUAAAGCAAAUGAGAUGAAAUCAAAAAUACCACUUGGAAGAUUUGGAGAAGUGUCCGAAGUAGUGAAUGCGGUGGUGUUCCUCCUAAGUGAAAGAUCUAGCAUGAUUAACGGAGUCGAAUUGCCCAUUGACGGUGGAUUCCUUGCCACAUAAUCGUGCCAUAACCAGGGCUCGAACUAAUAAACUAACCUUUUUAUAAAAAAAUCAUAUAAUUUUUUACUCUAUGUAUAAGAUCAAUUCGUAUUUGUAUUAUAUAAUACCAAAGAAAUCGUCGUAUGUAUAAAUAAUUACAUAAGAGUUAAUUUACUUUGACAUUUAUGUAGUACCUUAUUUGAUAACAAAUGUAGCUUUCUGUAGGUACAAAUAUAAGUUCCAAAUGAAUAUCAGUGAUUCCUUUAGCAAGCCAUAGAUACAAAUGUUGUUUUGUUAAAUAAAUGCC